CUCAGCUGCCAGCAUCAGUGAAGGCCGAGCAGCUGAUGUGUGUGUGUCUGUGCGUGUGUUUGUGUGUGAGUUGGGGGUUAUGGCUCUGUUCAUGGACUCAGAUUUCUCUCCACUGAAGCAGAACCAGCAGAAAGACAUGAUGGAUUUUAGAGCGUUAUUCGGAGAACAGGACCAUUGUAAAGAUGCGCGGAGUGAGAGCGCCGUGUCCUCCCCGGAGCCGGACCGAGCCGCGGGUCUGACGGAGGGUCAGAGGAAGAGGAAGAGGACCAUCUUCAGCCGGGCCCAGCUGUCGGAGCUGGAGCAGGCCUUCGCUGUGACUCCCUACCCGGACAUCACCCUGAGGGAGAGGCUGGCCGCGCACACUCACCUGCCGGAGAGCAAGAUCCAGGUGUGGUUCCAGAACAGAAGAGCCAGGAGUAUCAAGACUGGCAGACUCCCCAAGUCCACCAAGCCUGUCCUGGGAGUUAGAGGAUCUGUGGAGUCCUGCUCUGGACCCAUGACCUCUGCUUUCCCCACGCCAACCACCCUGCAGGACAUAUUCAGGCAGGAGCAGAACCACCACUCCGAGGACGUCCCGCAAAUUUACUCCGACUGGAUCCAAAUCUACAGCAACCCUGUGUCAUCUCCACCGUCUUCCUCGUCGCUCCACCACCAGCAGGCCCCUCUGGGCGCCUCCUCAAAACCCUCAGAGUCUCGACCCUGGGAGGAGGAGCAUCACCGGCAGCAGCACCUGGGACCGGCGCUCCCUGGUUUUCUUCCUAGCUCCUUUCCCCAGCCCAUGACCAGGCCGCCACACCACCACCCGGCCUCGUCUCGCUCCUACCAGGCUUUCAGGAACUUCAAGCCCCAGAGUUUGGUUCCAUCUGGGGCUCAUCAGGCCGUGUACGGAGGCGGCGCCGGGGGCGGAGGCGUGCACGCCUCUGUGGACCAAGUAGUCCCCUCUCACCCUCAGCCGGUGUACUGGGAGGUAACUCAGGGCCAAGGACAUCACCACCACCACCAUCAUCACCACCCACAAAUGGGACCACAGACCUCCAUGGGGUACAUCUCAGACCUGAUCUACAACGCUGCCAUCGUCACCAACUUUCUCGAAUUCUGACGACCCUGAACGUGAAGCAUGAGCCGCGGAAAAUGAUCAAACUCACUGAACAUUUGUGUCACAUCCCCUUGUAUUUUCCUCUUACAACACUUUCAAUGUCUCAGUCUGUCCCGUGUGUUGCCAGAGGUGAUUGUACGUCAAACAAACCUGUAAUAUACAACAUAUAUAUGUGUAGUUGUUGCGUUGUCAUUGGUUUGUCUUUGUUGCAUAUUUAAGGGAAUAAAUUGAUUAAUUUCAUCCCAGCUCCGAGUUCAAUCUGCUAAUUGUUCCUGAAGC